GCGCCAGGUCGACGAGGGCGGACCCGCCAAGGGGGCGGGGACAAGCGGCAACGACAGACGAGACAGCCAAUCGAGACGCGGGAUCGGCCGGCGGCGAUCUGGCGGCCCAAUGGGCGCCGCGGAGGGCCUGGCCGAGUGGAGGAAGCGCGGGGGCGACAACGGGCGUUGUCGUGGCUGGCGAGAUUGUUGGGGCGCGGGCCGCCCGGCCCGGUGGCGCCACUACUGUCUUCGGAAAGAUCACCGGCAAGGCGCUUCCCCGCCAACGUCAUCUACGAGGACGAGGAGCGCCUUGCGUUCCAUGAUCUUUCGCCCCAAGCUCCGACGCUUUUCCUAGUCACGCCUAAGGAGCCAAUUAUCGGGUUAUCUGACGCAGAAGAUUCUGGUGAACCUCUUCUUGGGCAUUUCAUGAUUGUUGGCAAGAAGCGUGCUGCUCACCUGGGCCUGACCAAUGGAUUCCGGAUGGUUGUGGAUGAAGGGCCCGAGGGCGGGCAGUCUGUCACGUACAUCUACAUGUUCUGGGUGGCCGUCAGUUGGGCUGGCCGCCUGGCUAAGAUUUUUGCACCGCAAGAGUUGCUGCACGUGUACAAAUCGCCACUGAAUGGAUUUCGUCUGUUGCCCGUCAGUCUAGUAGCCGCUGUUGACGUCUAAUUUUUUGUGACGUGUGUCUGUGGAAGGUAAUAAAAGCUUUGAGCAGCAGUUGCACAAUAAAGAUUUAGCAUGGGGAUAUCA